AUGGGUGAAGGUAAAAACGUAUUUUUAAUGUAUCACUGUCCUGUAAGCAACUGUUAUGUUACGACAGACAAAACAUUUACGAAGGAAAUAACCGAUUUCCAUGUUAUAUUAUUCCAUGGACCAGAUCUCAAUUUACAUGAUGUAACUUUGCCCGAAACGCGUCAUUUUUCCCAAAAGUAUGUGUUUCAAUCAUUGGAGUCAUCAGCAAACUAUCCAAUACUUGAUGAAAAAUACGAUACCUUUUUUAAUUUGACUUGGACUUACAAAUUGAAUUCUGAUAUACCUCUCGGCUUUAUUUUAAUUAAAAACAAAAACGGUGAUAUUAUUGGUCCUAAAGAAAGAAUGACUUGGCUAGAAGUCAAAGAUAUGAAACCUAUUGAUGAUAAACUAAAAAAUGAACUUAGCCAGAAAAGCAAAUUAGCUGCGUGGUUCAUGUCAAACCAAUGGACAGUAAAUAAAAGAUUAGAUUACGUGGACGAAAUGCAAUAUGAAUUAGACAAAUUAAAUAUACGCAAUUUAACCAUGGACAUUUAUGGAACAUGGGCGGUCAGUAAUAAAUGUCCUAUAAAUGAAAUGCAUCGUUGUAAACGUAUGCUAAAGAAGGACUAUUACUUUUAUUUGUCGUUCGAGAAUUCCAAUUGCGAGGAUUACGUGACGGAAAAACUGCUUACUGCUUUACAGAAUAAUGUUGUGCCUGUUGUGUUCGGUGGCGCCAACUACACAAGGUUCAUGCCAGAUGGCGCAUACUUAAAUGCAAGACACUUCCGACCCAGAGAGCUUGUCCAUCAAAUGAUAGAUAUUGUUGCCAAUAAAUCAAAAUACUACGAAUUCUUCAAAUGGACUAACUACUAUUCCUACCAUGAUGUAUAUGAAAACCCUGAAACAAAUCCGUAUUGUAGAUUUUGUAGAAAGAUGAACGAAAACACGUCUAAUAUAAAUGACUACAAGAGAUUCAGAAAAUGGUGGAAUUGUCCCGUUCCAAAAGAUCGGAAAAGAAAACGAUGCGAAAAGCAUUGUGUUUAA